AUGACGGCCCUGAGGCAGAUGUCUUCCGAAGAAAGAGAGGACUUGAUCACCGGUCAGAAACAUAAGGAAAAGGAGAAAGACAACUCAGGUAACACUGGUUUGGACCAACCAUACCUACCACGAGACUUGGCCGAGGUCUCAAAGUUCACAAGGAGAAUUUCAGAGGCACCCAUGCCCCCCAAGACAAAGCUGCCUCCAGGCUUUGACCGCUAUGACGGAACGAGAGAUCCAGAGGAUCAUCUGCAUGCUUUCCGGGGGGCAGGGCAACUGGGAAGGUGGUCCAUGCCAGUGUGGUGCCACAUGUUUGUGCAAACUUUAACGGAAGGAGCCCGGUUGUGGUUUGACAGCCUUCCCCCGGGAAGCAUAGACAGUUACGAAGAGUUAAGCGAAAAAUUCCUCAGGAACUUCGGCCAACAAAGGAAGGUAGUCAAGAAUCCCAAUGAAAUCCUCCAUAUCAGACAAAGGGACAACGAACGGAUAGAUCAGUAUAUGGAAAGGUUUGUCAAAGAAAGCAUGAACAUCAAGGAUGUCCCGGAGGUCAUGAAAAUUAGCAGCUUCAUAAACGGGCUGAAGCAUGCACAACUGUGUGAAAAGCUAGGAGAGGAGUUCCCACCUUCUUUCGACAAUCUCAUGGACAGGGUGAGGGCUUUCGUCCGGGGAAAGGAUACGGUCAGCAAAGCUAAGGAGACAGACACCACGUCCCGGAGGGCCACUCCAACAACAAGACCACUUGAGAAAGGUACCCUCUACACACGAAAGCCUCCCUUUGAUAGAAUGUUGCAUGACAGGGCAAGACCCUCAUACUCCCCCUACAGACCCCGAGGGAGGGGCCUCCCCCCUUACUCCGACAGCUUCACCCCCCUUGUCAAAACCCCAAGUGAAAUACUGGCCACGGAAAGGGUGAAGAAUUCUUUCCCGAGGCCACCCCCCAUAAAGCCAGGACCCAAAGCACAGCCGAAUGAAUAUUGUGAAUUUCAUAAGGGCUUCGGUCACAAAACUGAUGACUGCAUGUACCUCAAGAGGGAAAUAGAGGCGGCGGUGAAGACAGGAAGACUGGCGCACCUGGUCAAGGAGAUCAAAGAAGGGGGAGGGGAUCGUAAAGGGAAGAGAUGCAAGAGAGCCGGGGAGGGCAGAUGUUGA